GAAACCUGCCUGCUCCUGGCAACACCGCGACCGUCCUGCUCCCACAAUUCUGCAGAAAUAUAGCCUCUGAGGCAGGCCUCAAGCACCCCGAACUCCCUACGAACCGCCUAACUGCUCCGACCCGGACCGAGCAACACGCGCAUCCCGGACGCAACACAGUCAGAUAGCUCUGAAUCGGUGCUCAGGACACCUCCGCCUGUCCAGCAAUGGCUGUUCAGACGAACGGAAGGGCCAAGAAGGCCAAGAAGGCCGAGCCAAACGGCCAUGCCAACGGCUAUGCCAACGGCAAUGCAGACCCCAAAGUGAACGGCCAGCUUUCACGACCCGCGAGGCCAGUCAAGCAGAGAGGAAGCUUCGUAGGAAGCAUUUUCAGCAUGUCCGCAAGGCUACUAUCGUGGUAUCUGUUGAUAACAGUGCUAUUCCGGUGUCCUUCCUCCAUCUCCGAGCUGUCGGAUUCCUCCCCUCAAGUCUGCAAACCAUACCUAGAAGCACGAUCCUACGCUUCUCCGUACGUCGAUCCAUACUACGAAGCCUACCUCGCGCCACAGGUGGACAAGAUUCGACCCCAUGUGGACACAUUCAACAAGAAAGUUUACACACCCGCCGCCGCGUUCACGGUAGACAAGUACAACACAUACGGCGCUCAUCGUGUGGAACAAGCGCAGGUCUACGUCCAGAAUGAGUGGAACAAAGCGAUAAAGCCGCAGUUGGACAUUGCUCAAGCCAAAGCAAAAGGACAAUAUGACUUGCAUCUCGCGCCUCGCAUCAAGCAGGGCUCAGACGCGGUCAAGCCAUACUAUGAGACCACCAAGGCCACUGUUCUAGAGAAAUACCAAAGCGUUGUCCUUCCGGCUUAUCUAGCUGCUGUACCAUAUGCGCAGAAGGGAUACGCUCAGGGCCACCACAUUACCACUCACAUCGUUUUCCCGUACGUACGAUUCGCCAAGGAAUCUUCGUUCGCCUUCCUCUCUCGGACACUAUGGCCGCAGAUGAGAAUACUCUACGGGGAUAACGUUGAGCCUCAACUCCUUCGAAUUAGUGAGAGGCUCGGUAGGUACAAGGAUGGAAAGAAAAUGGAAGCUGCUGCCGACUCCGUAGACGUAUCGGCUGCUCUCGAGUCCCUUUCAGCCAAGAUCUCAUCGGCAUCACUGUCCAGUGCUGCCACUAUUACUCAGGAAACUGGAAGUGCCGCCGCAGGCGAAUCUGCGAAGCCGUCGGAGACCAAACUGACAAAGGAGGAGCUCCAAGAGAAGCUCACAAAUGACCUCCGAACGUGGCAGAACAAAUUCGCUGUGGCUGCCGAUAAGGGCUCUGAGGACUUGGAACAGCGCGUCAAGGACAUCACGGCGCAACAAAUCAAGAACCAGGCCCAUGCAGUCGGCGGAGCGUUGCUUGUGCAGCUGGAAGAAAUAUCCAAAAGCAGCAUCAGCAGUCUCAAAUCGACUAUCAACAAGCUUGUCAAGACGAUCCCUGAGGACGUGACAGAGGAGCAGCUUGAAUCUCUCUACGAACAGGUCCUCGGAGCUACGCGAACCGCUGGCACUACUAUUAAGGAGAAGGCUCAGGCAGUGAGGACCUGGAGAUUGGACUACGACCAGGAAACAGACAACCUGGUCAGAGCUGCGACGGCAUCAACUGUCAAGAUUCUAGACAACAUUCAAGACCUCGGCUUACAGGAGAUCGGUAUGCGGUGGGCAUGGACCGACGGUGUGACCUACAAGAACUGGCAGAAAUACCAUGAGCUCAAGAACACCCUGGAAGAAUGGCGCAACGAGGUUGAAGCAGUCGGCUCACGACAUGAGGGUCUCCGCAAGGCCCAUGAGGAAAGCAUGAGUGUCGAAGACAAGGCCAUGGGAAUUGCCGAGGAGACAGCAAAGGAACUUGUCAGACUCAAGGAAGUCGCCAGAUGGAAGCUUUGGGCUGAAGACUCAACCGACGAUUUUAGCAACAAGAAAGUCCCCGCGCGAGUCUUCAAGGCUGCCCAACAAGCCCAAGAGAAUAUCGAGGAGGCUGCAUCUCAGGCGUCCGAGGCCAUCGUUGACUCCGAAACACCUGCCGCCGAGAGCAUUGCUUCUGUUGUGAAAGAGAACUUCGACUCGGCCACGUCCAAAGUUUCUGAGGCUGUCAUUGGUACUGAAGCUAACGCGGCGGAGCAAGCUACUGAUUCUAUCUCAUCCGCUGCUGCUUCCGUAGCCAGUGGUGCCUCUGCCGCUGGCGAGAGCGUCGUUUCGGCAGCAAAGUUCAAGAAAGCCCAGGCCCAAGAGGCUAUCAUCGGCACUCCGGCACCACCACUUUCCCAAGCAUCUUCCAGUAUCGAGCCUGCCGCGUCUGUCGCUUCCGAAGCACCAAAGAAGGUUUGGGGCGGCGCCAUGGCUCAACAUGUCGAAGCUAGGAAAAUCGUCUACGAAGAUAUCAUCGAUGAUUCGGACGACACGAGCUACUCUGAGAAGAUUCAAAGCGCUGUCAGUGAAGCCGGUGAUCGCGCAGCUGAUUUGACGAGGGCGAUUAGUGAAGCUCUGCUCAAGCCUGCUCCUACCCAAGGUACUGUAGAAUCAGUCACAUCUUUGGCGGGUGAGCAAUACGAAAAGGCGCUCGCCGCUGCCUCCAGCGUAAUCUAUGGCACUGAGCAAGGCGCAGUCGAGAGUGUGUCAAGCAUCGCAGCGGAGAAAUAUGCUCAGGCCGUCACAGCUGCUUCGUAUGCCAUAUAUGGAACUCCUGCGCCAGUCUUGUCGUCACUUCAGUCUGAGGCAAGCUCUCGAUACGCCAACGCCGUUAGUGUUGCUCAAGACCAGUACUCCAUUGCCAAAGCUCGACUUUCGGAGAUUGUUUCAGGGACGCCAAAACCUGUCCACGAGGAAAUGCUCUCUUCUAUCGAGAACGCGUACUCCGGGUCAUUGUCUGCUGCGAGCGAGAGGUGGCAUGCUGUUCUUCAGUAUACUGACACAGUCAAGAGCUAUGCGUCGGGCCCAACACAAGGCGCCAUGGAAUCCAUUUCGUCGGUUGCCGCGUCAAGACUCUCGGAAGGCCUCAGUCUCGCAUCUGCACAGUACACCAGCGCUAAGGUUGCUGUGGGUGCUGAGCCGACUCCUGCAUCGCAGAAAUACUUGGCCGACGCUCAACGUCGUUACUACGAAGGAAUUGGCCUCGCCCACGCUCGCUACUCGGAAUUUGUGGAGGCUGCCUCAAGUGUAGUCUAUGGCACACCAACACCAGCAUACCAGGGUGCAAUUGCAGCGGCUCAAAGCCAAUACUCAGCUGCUGUUGCCGCCGCCUCGUCCAACUUGGAUGGCGUCCUCAGUGCUGCCAGCUCUGUCGCUGGCAAGACCACCAAGUCUCCAGCGCAGAGUGUCAUAGACUCUGCCUCUUCUCAAUAUGACGCCGCUGUAUCUGCAGCUACUGCUUCGCUUUCAGCAGCCUCGUCCAACGCUAGUGUAGCCAUCUACGGCACACCAAUACCAGCAUACGAAGCUGCAAUUGCAGCGGCCCAAAGCCAAUACUCUGCUGCCACUGCCGCCGCCUUUUCCAACUUGGAUGGUGUCCUCAGAGCUGCCAGUUCUGUCGUUGGCAAGACUGGCAAGUCUCCAGCACACACUGCUAUUGACUCCGCUUCAUCUCAAUUCGUAGCUGCGACGUCAGCCGCAGCUGCUUCUUUCUCGGCAGCUUCGUCCAAGGCCAGUGAAGCCAUCUACGGCACUCAACAGGGUACCUUUGAGUCUGUUGGCUCUGUUAUUUCGGAGUCGGCUGCCUCAAUUGCAUCCGAGGCCAGCUCUGGUAUCAUUGGAACCGAAACUCCCUGGACCGAAUCAGUCGCAGCCCAGGCCAGUCAAAACUGGGAUGCUCUCAUCUCCAAAGCCAGUGAACAGAUCUAUGGUGCUCCUACUCCCUUUUCCGAAUCCGUCUUUUCGCAAGCAGGUGCAUAUGGAGCUCAGGCCACCGAUGCCGCUGCUUCGCAAUAUGCCGCCGUACAAGCUUUGAUCUCCGAGCUCGUCGUUGGCAAAGAGCCGGACUUCACCGAGAGCGUCAUGAUCAAGUUUUCUUCCGCAUACUACACCGGAUACCCUGCAGUCGCAUCAUCUGCCAGCUCCCUGGCCAGCGAGAAUUAUGAAGCAGCUUCAUCGUAUGCCUCCAAUGCCUACGCCUCCGCUUCAUCCAUCGUAACCUCCGUUUUCACCCCUCCGGCUGCUCUCGAAGCCAUCCUCGAAUCCGCCACCGAGCAGAUCAACGCCGCGGUCGAAGCCGCCUCCGUCCAAGUCUACGGCACAGAGAAGGGCACCAUCGAGCAAGCCACCGAAGCUGCUGCGAGCGCCUACUCUUCCGUCCAGUCCCGCGCCAGCGAAGCAGUCUACGGCACGCAGCCCAGUUACGUCGAGGCCGCGCAAGCCAGCUUUGCUGACGUCGCGUCGAGCGCUCAAAACGCCAUCAGCGUCGCUAUCUACGGGACACCCACCGGCACCAUUGAGUCCGUGACUAGCGGCGCUGCGAGCGCGUACAGCUCCAUUUCCUCUGUUGUCGCUGAUAACGCUGCUGCUGCUGCUUCCGCGGCUGGGGAGAGCUACGAGGCUGCCAAGGCUAAGGUCAGUGAGGCUAUUUACGGACCCGAGCAGGGCGCGGUGGAGAGUGCCCAAUCACGCCUCUCGGCUGCUAUCGAGAGCGCCAAAGCCAAGAUCAACGACUUGUACGAAAACGGACUCCCGGAGCAAGUUGAGGCUGCCAAGUCGAAGAUUGAGGAACUCGCCAGCAACAUCAAUAGUGCUGCUAGCGGCGCUGCGAGUGGUGCGUCGAGUUAUGCUGGGGAGGCGGCGAGCAGUGUUUCGAGCGCGGCGACGAAAGCGACGGAUCGAGUCAAGGAUGAGUUGUAGAUGAGUCUAAGCGAUUUAGAAGAAAGGAACGAGGGAGGGUGCGAGAGGAGAAGACGCAAUUGAUAUGGCAUCAGACUGAUUGCAUUUCGCACGGAGGCAGAGCAUUGAGAUUUUCUCUUUCGAUUCGGUCAUCACAACACCUUUUCUCCCCCCUAGUCAUCAGAUCUAUUACAUCAUGCAACACGAAAGCCACGAGGCACGAAGAACGAACGACCUGUAUCAUGCUGGACCCCCACCUUUUUCCGAUCCUUUGUCGUUCGCGGCUACUUGCACCUUCUCUUGCUUCCUGUUUAUGGUCCCCCCAGAGUGUAUUUGUAUUUUCGAGAGCUUCGAGGUGGUGCUUUUGAUUCCCCGGGCUGCUGGUUGCUGGUUGCUGGGUGCGUGCGUUGUGCUGCUUUUUUUGCUGCUUUGGAGGAAGGGAAGUGGCGAAGUAGAUGAGGCG